AUGGGUAUCUUCAGGGCUGAUGAGCCCCUCAUGCCUCCUCCCCCAGGAAGGCGGGGAUCAGACGGGAUGGCUGUGCUCGCGGGUACUGUGCUGACACAGAUCGUUGUCUGCGUCCUGGCUGGACAAGGUAAGCUGGAUUCCCCUUCCGACGCGUGGGACGGAGCUGACGUGCUUCUGCUCUGCAACGUCCUGUGUAGAGGCCAUUUCGAUCUCCUGGGAGCCGUCGUCAACUGGCAGCUUCCCGGGGAGCCCUCGGUCGUGGUGGACAGCUUCUUCCAUGGCCAGGCUCAUCCGGAGCAUCAGGAUGCCAGAUACAGAGGCAGGACCCAGCUCUUCCCGGGGGAGUUCGCCAAGGGCAAUGCUUCCCUGCUGCUGAGGGGGACAACCCUGGGCAACGCAGGGAACUACUCCUGCCACGCUGUCCUCUGUGCCCGCACACCUCACACCCAACGCGUGGUAGAGCUCCAGGUGACAGGUCUGGCAGGUGGAGGGACUCGCACCCAGGGCACAGGGCUGUGCUGGCUCCUUCUGCUCCCGAUGCUGCUCUUUCACCUCUGGCUGCUUGGAGACAACGGGGAGCUCCCGGCACGGCUCUGCUUCAAGUCCUGUUGGGAGCCUGGACCUGGAGCCCUGCAACACUGGCAGCUCAUCCAGGAUAAAAGGAGCCUGGGAUGGCACUCUGCGGUCUGCUCAGCGCCACAAAUGCCUGUCCUGGCCCCCUGCUUGACUGGCAGGUUCAACAGUCCUGGGAGCCUUGAAAGUCAGGAUCCCUCUGCACACAGGAAAAAAUGGACUGGCUUUGCUUUUAUACACACCAGUGUUCAAAUGGGAAAGGCUGGCCUGGAUGCUGCAGGGAGAGAGAAAGAGAAGAACCAGCUCUCAACCCCUAGAAAUGCAGGCGUCCUAAUGAGAUCCAUUAAUAAAGGAUCUCUUUAG